AUGAUGAGCAGCGGCUGCUCGUCGCCGUGCGAGGUGUCCUGUCCCCAGCCCUACGCGGACGCCUGGAGCCAGCCCUGUGUCACCUCCUGCGGGGACUCGCGGGCCGUGGUCUACCCUCCGCCCGUGGUCAUCACCUUCCCGGGGCCCAUCCUCAGCUCCUGCCCCCAGGAGAGCUUCGUGGGCACCUCCUUCCCGUCGGGGGCCAUGGGAGCUUCUGGGUCUGGGGGUGCCAUUGGGGGGGGAUCCUACGGAGGGGGCAGCGGCUCCAUGGGGGGACUUGGGGGAUCCCUUGGAGGCGGUUCCAUGGGUGGAUCCUACGGAGGCGGCUCCAUGGGGGGACUUGGGGGAUCCCUUGGAGGCGGUUCCAUGGGUGGAUCCUACGGAGGCGCCUCCAUGGGUGGAUCCUACGGAGGGAGCAGAUCCUUUGGCUCCGGGGGCUCCUACGGAGGGAGCAGAUCCUUUGGGAGCAGAAGAUCCUUCGGCUCCUCAGGCGGCGGCUUUGGGGGCUCCUACGGCGGGGGCAGCUCCUUUGGGGGUGGCUCCUGCGGAGGGGGAUCCUACGGAGGGGGCAGCUCCAGCUCCAGGAGGUUUGGAGGAGGAAACUGUGGCUUCUUUUAUUUCUGA